AUGGCUCUCAGACUAGCUACGAAGUUGGCAAAGCAAAAUGGGUGGAAAAAGGUGGUGUUUGAGGUAGAUUGUUUACAGGUUGUGGAAGAGCUUAACAGGGAAGGUAAUGAUAGGAUUGGGUCAGCGGUGCUUGAGGAUAUUAGGAGUAUUCGAGAUUUUUUUGAUGAAUGUUGUUUUACUUUCAUUAGGAGAGUAAACAACUCUAUUAGUCAUACGCUAGCCAAAUUGGCAGUUAUUUUAGAAAAUUUAGCUGAAUGGAAGAAGGCCUUCCCAGCGUGGCUGUAUGAACUUGUGCAGAUGGAUUGUGAGGGCAGUUGCCCAGCCUUUUUGUAA